GAUAAGAGUCCUAUCGAUGAGGCUCUUCUCCAUAGGCAAGAAGAUCUACGAGAUGAGGUGGAUUACGACAUGGAGCAUCUCCUCCUCCCUACCGGCAGCAACAUGGAGCAGCAUCUCCUCCUCCCUACCGGCAGCAACAUGGAGCAGCAUCUCCUCCUCCCUACCGGCGGCGGCUCAUUUUGUAUGACCGGCGCUUCCUUUGGGAGGAGCUGCCUAAACCUUAGCAACAUCAUAUCCGGCAUCGGGAUGCUCUCUGUGCCGUACGCGCUAUCCCAGGGCGGGUGGCUCAGCUUGACACUCUUCACCAUGGUCGGCGCCAUCUGCUUCUACACUGGCAACCUAAUUGACCGGUGCAUGCGCGUCGACCGCUGUGUACGGAGCUACCCAGACAUCGGCUACCUCGCCUUCGGCAGCUACGGCCGGAUGGCCAUCGGCCUCGUCAUAUACGUCGAGCUCUACCUCGUCGCCAUCAGCUUCCUCAUCCUCGAGGGCGACAACCUCGACAAGCUCCUCCCUGGCAUAGUGGUGGAGAUCCUAGGGUACCAGGUUCACGGGAAGCAACUGUUCGUGCUCGCGGCGGCCGCCGUCAUCCUUCCGACAACGUGGCUCAAGAACCUCAGCAUGCUUGCGUACGUCUCGGCGGUUGGGCUCGUCUCGUCGGUGGCGCUGACGGCAUCGCUGGUCUGGGCCGGCGUGGCCGGCAAGGGCUUCCACAUGGAGGGCAGCAGCCUCUUGAAUCUGAGCGAGCUGCCCACCGCCCUUAGCCUCUAUUUCGUCUGCUUCGCUGGACAUGGCGUUUUCCCGACUGUGUACUCCUCAAUGAACUCUAAGAAGGAUUUUCCUAAGGUUUUGCUGAUCUCUUUGGUGCUGUGCAGUCUCAACUACGCAGUGACAGCGGUGUUGGGAUAUCUGAUCUAUGGUGAGGAUGUGCAGGCGCAAGUGACACUGAGCUUACCCACGGGGAAGCUGUACACUAGGAUCGCCAUCCUGACGACACUAAUCACCCCGCUAGCGAAGUACGCGCUCGUGAUCCAGCCAGUCACAAUAGCGAUAGAGGAGAAGCUGUCAGCGACGACGGACGCCGAGAUCAACAGGCUGACUAGGGUGCUCACCAGCACAGCCGUCGUUAUCAGCACGGUGGUGCUGGCAUGCACGGUGCCCUUCUUCGGCUACCUCAUAUCAUUCAUCGGGUCCUCGCUGAACGUCACCGUUGCUGUGUUGUUCCCGUGCUUGAGCUACCUCAAGAUCUACAUGUCCCGAGGAGGAGUUGGCUGCUUCGAGAUGGCGGCGAUCAUCGGGAUACUGGUCAUCGGAGUGUGUGUCGCCAUUGUUGGCACCUACACCUCCCUUCAGCAGAUUAUAGGCACAUUUUGAUCGUGCAUUUGUGGUUAUGGUGGUAGGUUUUGGUAGUAAUUAUAUAGGUUUCAAAUUCUUUUUUAUUUUUUUUCUGAAAAAAAACAUACAUUAUACACAGUGUUAAGAAUCAACUGAGCGCCUUGUUUGUAUCAUAA